AUGGCAGCAGCUACGGGGGAUCCUGGGCUCUCCAAAUUGCAGUUUGCUCCCUUUAGCAGUGCCUUGGAUGUUGGAUUCUGGCACGAGUUGACCCAGAGGAAACUGAAUGAAUAUCGUCUGGAUGAAGCUCCCAAGGACAUUAAGGGAUAUUACUACAAUGGUGAUUCUGCUGGGCUUCCAGCUCGCUUAACAUUGGAGUUCAGUGCUUUUGACAUGAGUGCUCCCACCCCAGCCCACUGCUGUCCGGCUAUUGGAACGCUCUUUAACACCAACACACUCGAGGCUUUCAAGGCCGCAGAUAAGAAGCUACUUUUGGAACAAGCAGCAGACGAGAUUUGGGAAGCCGUAAAAUCGGGCGCUGCCCUCGAAAACCCUGUCCUCCUCAACAAGUUCCUCCUCUUGACAUUUGCAGAUCUAAAGAAGUACCACUUCUACUAUUGGUUUUGCUUCCCUGCUCUCUGCCUUCCAGAGAGUCUACCCCUCAUUCAGGGGCCAGUGGGCUUGGAUCAAAGGUUUUCACCAAAACAGAUUCAAGCCCUUGAGCGUGCAUAUGAUGAUCUUUGUCAAACAGAAGGAGUCCCAGCGCUACCUUACUUCUUAAUCAAGUAUGAUGAGAAAGUGGUGCUGGUUUCCCUGCUUAAACACUACGGUGAUUUCUUCCAAGACCAAAGGACAAAGAUAACGAUUGGUGUAUAUGAUCCCUGUAACUUAGCCCAGCACCCUGGAUGGCCUUUGAGGAAUCUUUUGGUCCUAGCAGCCCACCGAUGGAGUAGCAGUUUCCAGUCUGUUGAAGUCCUCUGCUUCCGAGACCGCACCAUGCAGGGGGUGAGAGACAUCGCCCACAGCAUCAUCUUCGAAGUGAAGCUUCCAGAAAUGGCAUUUAGCCCAGAUUGUCCCAAAGCAGUCGGAUGGGAAAAAAACCAGAAAGGCGGCAUGGGACCGAGGAUGGUGAACCUCAGUGAAUGUAUGGACCCUAAAAGGUUAGCUGAGUCAUCAGUGGAUUUAAAUCUCAAAUUGAUGUGUUGGAGAUUGGUCCCUACUCUGGACUUAGACAAGGUUGUGUCUGUCAAGUGUCUGCUGCUUGGAGCCGGCACCUUGGGUUGUAAUGUCGCUAGGACACUGAUGGGUUGGGGUGUCAGACACAUCACAUUUGUGGACAAUGCCAACAUCUCCUACUCCAAUCCUGUGAGGCAGCCUCUCUAUGAAUUUGAAGAUUGCCUAGCAGGUGGUAAGCCCAAGGCCCUGGCUGCAGCAGAGCGGCUCCAGAAAAUAUUCCCUGGAGUGAAUGCCAGAGGGUUCAACAUGAGCAUCCCCAUGCCUGGACACCCAGUGAACUUUUCCAGCGUCACCUUGGAGCAGGCCCGCAAAGACGUGGAGCACCUGGAGCAGCUCAUCGAAAGCCAUGAUGUCGUGUUCCUGUUGAUGGACACCAGAGAGAGCCGCUGGCUCCCUGCCGUCAUUGCUGCGAGCAAAAGAAAGCUUGUCAUCAAUGCUGCCUUGGGGUUUGACACAUUUGUUGUCAUGAGACACGGCUUGAAGAAACCUAAGCAGCAAGGAGCUGGGGACUUGUGUCCUGGCCACCUUGUGGCACCUGCCGACCUCCUGGGCUCAUCGCUUUUUGCCAACAUACCCGGCUACAAACUUGGCUGCUAUUUCUGCAAUGAUGUGGUGGCCCCAGGAGAUUCAACCAGAGACCGGACCUUGGACCAGCAGUGCACUGUGAGUCGUCCAGGACUGGCCAUGAUUGCAGGAGCCUUGGCAGUGGAAUUGAUGGUUUCUGUUUUGCAGCAUCCAGACGGGGGCUACGCCAUUGCCAGCAGCAGCGAUGACCGCAUGAAUGAACCGCCAACCUCUCUCGGCCUUGUGCCUCACCAGAUCCGGGGAUUUCUGUCACGAUUUGAUAAUGUCCUUCCUGUCAGCCUGGCAUUUGACAAAUGUACAGCUUGUUCUUCCAAAGUUCUUGAUCAAUAUGAACGAGAAGGAUUUAAUUUCCUAGCGAAGGUGUUUAAUUCUUCACAUUCCUUCUUAGAAGACUUGACCGGUCUCACAUUGCUGCAUCAAGAGACCCAAGCUGCUGAGGUAAGAAUAAAGCAAGCUUUCUGUACUGAGGACUGA